UUGAGCUCAGCUUCUUUCUGCGGCGACCGUAAACCUGCGUGGAAGGUUGUGGCCGCUUUAGGAGCGCUUCCCGAGGGGCCCCCGGGGCGGUGAGCGCGGGCCGAUGGGGCACUGAGCACGGCCCUUCAGAGGCACCGGAGGCGCUUUCGCUGCUGCCUUGAAAACUUCUCUCUUUCUCUCUCUCCCUCUUUUCCUCCCCCCACUCCUCCUCCUCCUCCUCCUGCUGCUGUGUGACUCCGCAGCUUUGCUUCCUCUCGGGCUGCUGCUUCUCGCCCUUCCCGCUGUCCCUUCGUUUUUGCUGCCUCGCCGGUGCCGAAGCGGAGCGGUCGCUCCUGCGAGAGAGAGCAGCAACCCCUGAGCAGAGUCGUCGGUCGCCGGCGAUCCCACGCAGGGAGUCCGGUGGUGCGAGCGAGGGAAAGGAGGAGCGCGCAGCCCGAGGAGCCUGCUCUUAGAUAAGAACCAAGAACAGAAAUGGGGAAACAGAACAGUAAAUUGAGACCUGAGGUGCUCCAGGACCUCCGAGAGAACACUGAAUUCACAGACCAUGAGCUUCAAGAGUGGUACAAAGGCUUCCUAAAAGAUUGCCCGACUGGCCAUUUGACUGUUGAUGAAUUCAAAAAGAUAUAUGCGAAUUUCUUCCCAUACGGAGAUGCCUCAAAAUUUGCAGAACAUGUGUUCCGCACUUUUGAUACCAAUGGUGAUGGGACAAUAGACUUCCGGGAAUUUAUAAUUGCUCUAAGUGUUACAUCUCGAGGAAAGCUUGAACAGAAGCUGAAAUGGGCAUUUAGCAUGUAUGAUCUUGAUGGCAAUGGUUACAUUAGCCGUGCUGAAAUGCUUGAAAUAGUGCAGGCAAUCUAUAAAAUGGUGUCUUCAGUCAUGAAAAUGCCAGAGGAUGAAUCAACUCCAGAGAAGCGAACAGAUAAAAUCUUCAGACAGAUGGAUACCAAUAAUGAUGGUAAACUAUCUCUUGAAGAGUUUAUAAAAGGUGCCAAGAGUGAUCCCUCGAUUGUGCGGUUGUUACAGUGUGAUCCAAGUAGUGCAAGUCAGUUUUAAUGAAACUCUGGACAGUUUGCAAAGAAAAUUACUGGCUUGUUCAAGCUUUGCUCGUAAUGGAUGCCUUCAACCAUUCCUCAUUGGUUAGUGGAUGAAACUCCGUGGCUGGAUUGUCUCUGUAUCCAAGUGAAAAAAAAAAAAAAGAGCCUCACUCUUCUCAUCAGCUGUGAUACGUCUUUUCUUUCCAAUAUCCCAGUUCUGUUUUUCACUGCACAUUAUUGUUAGGACUCCCUGUACACAUUGAGUGUAACCAAAGGGUGUGUUUACAUGCAAGUUAGAAGAGGGGGAAAUGAUAUUCCUCUCGGUUAAUCGAAAUGGAUGACUUUAGUAACUCCGAAAAGAUACUCUAUGUAAUUUUGGUCUGCUGUGACAUCAGCGAAUGACAGGCAGUUUAUAUCCCAGAAAAUCACUAUGAAAUGUGGAAUAAAUUAAGCAGGUUUUGUUUUUUUUAAAAAAAUGGCAUGUCUCCAGUUUUCUUCUCAGUGAGGAAAAUUGCUUGCGCUUGCAUAGUAGUGCAAGCAAUUCUCAUUGGGAAGAAAACUGGAGUCAUGCAGUUUUAAAGAAACAGAUACGCACAUAUAAAACAUACACAUACAUACUUAUGUCUGUGUAUGUGUGUGUGUGUGUGUGUGUAUACGCACACAUUUUACAUUUAUUUAGGUCAUAUUUAAUAUAUGAAGUAGACUUCAUCCUUCAUUUCUUCUAGUUGUCCAUGGUUAUUAUUUUUUUAAGAAAAGGAUUAUGAUAUUUAUACAUAGUCAAGUUGCCAUUAAGGCACUGCAUGAUUAGCUGUUUGUGGGUAUAUCACUGUUUUAAUUACUGGUUACAACACUUUGUCCAUUUUUACUGUGCAUUGUUCCAGCAUUUACUGUGUUUAAUGAAGACUAAAGAGGAAUCAUUCUGCUUCCGUGUUUCACAGUGAAGCGCCACUCACAAUGGCUACAACAUUUUAACAGGCUUUUGAGUGAGGUGAGAUAAUUUGACAAGCAUUUACUAUGAUCCUCCUACCAAUUUAUGGCUGUCCAUCUCUGUUAAUAGUCUUGUGCAUUCCAGUGUUAUUUAAUAUCUGCCUAAUGCCAAGAAAUGCUGAUUGAAAUAAAGGUGAAUUUUCUUGUU